AUGAGCCUCUCAGAUAAUCCAGAUCUGCAGCCCAUCCUUUUUAUGCUAUUUUUAUCCUUCUACAUGGUCACAGUGCUUGGAAAUCUACUCAUUAUUCUGGCUGUGAGCUCUGACUUCCAUCUCCAUACCCCCAUGUAUUUCUUUCUCUCAAACCUUUCCUGGUCUGACAUUUGUUUGAUCUCCACUACAGUUCCAAAGAUCAUUUGGGAUAUUAGAACUCAAAGCAGAGUCAUCUCCUAUGCGGGCUGCCUAACACAGAUGUCCAUGUUCAUAAUUUUUGCAUGUAUGGAUGGUAUGCUUCUGACUGUAAUGGCCUAUGACAGGUUUGUGGCCAUUUGUCACCCCCUGCAUUACAAUAUCAUUAUGAAUCCUAACCUCUGUGCCUUCUUACUCUUGGCAUCUGUAUUGGCCAGUCUUGUGGACUCUCAGGUGCACAAUUUGAUUGUGCUACAAUUUAAAUACUUCAAUGACAUAGAAAUCUCUAACUUUUUUUGUGAGCCUUCACAACUUCUUAAUCUUAACUGUUCUGAAAUGUUCACCAAAAUCAUAGUUAUACAUAUUAUUGGUGUCUUUUUUGGUUUAUUUUCAACCUCAGGAAUUAUUUUCUCAUACUAUAAAAUUAUUUCUUCCAUCCUGAGAAUUCCAUCAACAGAAGGAAAGUAUAAAGCCUUUUCUACCUGUGGGUCUCACCUGUCAGUUGCGUGCUUAUUUUAUGGAACAGCCAUUGUAGUAUACAUUAGUUCAACUGCAUCAAAUUCUCCUGAAAACAGUGUAGUUGCUUCACUGAUGUACACAGUCAUCACACCUAUGCUUAAUCCUUCAUCUACAGCCUGA